CAAGGCAGCAUGCUGGCUCAAAACAUGUCCAAGCAAAGACUUGCACGAUUUGAGCAUGGCGCAAAGGGCGCUGAUUUGGCUUCUACUGCUGCUUUGCAUAGUUCCGUCGGAAUCGCAAGCGAUCUUCAAGGGCCUGGGCCUGCGGCGCCCCAGGGUGGACAUGACAGAUCCUAUGGCCAAAAAUGCCACCUGCGCUUUUAACAUCGUAGGGCUGAUGGUGGGCGCUGCCAAAAUUGGCACUGCAGCAGCUACUGUGGAGCGGGCCUGCUUUGUGCAGCAGACCUCGCUGCAAAUCUCGCGUUGCGCCACAACUGUGCAGAACGUGCUGUUCUCCUCGGCCUUCUUCCUGGGCUCCGUGGUGUCCGCGCUGGACUCGUGCAGCCGCACCCUGAUCCCGGCGGCACGCUGCACCUCGCAGCGCGAUCGCGUCAUAGCCGUCCUGUCGAUUUUGGGCAGCUCGGUGGCCAAUUUGGAGUCCAGCUGCCGGGUGGUGGCUUCCCAGAACUCCGUGGACUGGGUGCCGCCAGCUGUGCGGCGCCUCUCGCCUGAUCGGGUGAACCAGCCCAUCCCGCUCGAAUCCAACCGGACGUUGGCACAGCUGCCAGCGCCGCCUGGCAGGAUGCUGAAUGAUGAUCUGCUGCAGAAGAUCAGGAACAAGCUGGCAGCCAACGCUGAGAGAGACGAGCGACGCGCAAGCUGCGCAGUGGAUGCCCUCCUCACCUUCACCUUGACUGCUCAGGACAUAGUAGCAACAGUUGGCGUGGGCAACUACACCCCCUGUGACGAAGAAGAUGUGGGAAGCGACAGACUUGGUCCGAGUGCGGCGUGCGUGGUGCAGCUCACUGGCAUCAUCUCCACCUUUGAGUACGUGGGAUCAUUGAUUGCGCUGCUCUUCGCUGAGUGCCCGGCCAUGGUGGACUUUCGGGCCGCCUGCGCCUCGGACGCGCUGGCGGUGAUCGGGGCGGUGACCAACCUUGUGCAGCAGGCGCCGGGGCUCUUGCUGCUCUGCGAGGAGCUGAGCCAAAAGAAGGCCCUCAAGGUGCACAGCAAGCUUGUCCGAGCCAUCAUCCCCGCCCUUAUCAUUUGAGAAGUGACGAGGGCUGAGACUGUCGCUAUUCGUUUCUUGAAAGAUGCACAUGCUUUUACGGCGUGCAAGAAGCGGCCACUGGGCAAAUCAGGUUUGUGAGAAUGCCCAGCGUAGCCACCCUGCAAAUUUGGAUGUUGUCGUGACAGUCAGGGACGCAGGUACAAUUCAUGUGUUGCAAGGCUGACUGGCAUCUUGUAAGUUGCUGUUUCGUGUGGAUUAAGCCAAGCUUCUAGUUUUGUCUCGCUGGUUGAUAUGACCAACUUGGCGUAAAACAAAUACCAAUCUGCGACAGUCUAAUAUGGGCUGUUAGCAGUGGAUUUUGCAUGGUUCAUUG